AUGUCCACUGCCAGCUCCCGCUCUCAAUCCCGGUCUGGAACACCCUUGGGCACCAGGCCGCACUCGACCAACAACACCGCAUCCACCUCGUCACUAUCGCAACCCCCGCCGUCUUCCAAUGGCGCUUCCACCACGAACAACUACUUCUCCUAUCCCGUAAGCCGUGUGAUGUCCGGUCUGUAUCGACGUUUGACGGAUCCACCGCGUGAUUCCUCGCAGCAGAAACCCAACAUGUCGCCUUCUUCCUCCAUCUACACCCCGAAACGAACCGCGUCUCCCUUCCAACCACCCCCCCUCUCCCCCCUGACGCUCAAUGCAACCUCUACCCCAAACAGUGGACACAUCCUCUCUCGUGCUCUUGCAGAGGAAAUCCGACUCCUCGUCCCGCCCCGGCUGCAGUUAGUCGAUGCCUGGCAAUUGGCCUACUCCCUCGAACGCGACGGCUCAUCCCUCUCCACUCUCUACGACACCUGCAGGCAGGCCGCAGAGCACAACCCACGAGCAGGCUACGUGCUCGUCGUGCGCGACGCAUCUGAUGGCGGCGCUGUAUUUGGCGCCUAUCUAACCGAUGCGCCGCACCCAAGUUCACACUUCUAUGGAACUGGGGAAUGCUUUCUCUGGAGAGCGAGCGUAUUGGCGUCUACGCCGGUGACGUUUAGUCAUAACACUCACCACAAUUCUCAUAAUAGUCAUCAUAAUCAUAAUCAAAACGAAGGACACGAACAUGAAGAACAAAAUAAUGAACGCGAUAAUGAAUUCCACACAAUGACGGACGAAGAGCUCCAAGCAGCCGGCUUCCCGCCUCCCCCAAGCGCUGAUACCACGCAUGCUGUUCGCAGCACGACACUGAGAGCUAGCACUCCCACUCGGGCUCUGGGCUCCUCCUCCUCCUCGCUCGUUUCGUCAGACAACCAUCUUUCGCUACCGGAAGGAAGCGGCAAGAACAAUGGCAGUGUGAGCGGCAGCGGGACAAGCACACCAGAACGAAUUCGAUUUAAAGCGUUUCCUUAUAGCGGUAUUAAUGAUUACAUGAUAUUUUGCGAGACCGGAUUUUUGAGUGUUGGCGGGGGCGAUGGUCACUACGGGCUAUGGAUCGACUCCUCCGUUGAAAAGGGAGUGAGCGCUUCAUGUCCCACGUUUGGCAACGAGCCUCUAUCAGAUGAAGGCACGAAGUUUGAUAUUUUGGGCGUGGAGAUUUGGUAUAUCGGAUCAUAA